AUGUUGGCGCUGGACCCGGAAAGCUGCAAUGCCAAACAACCAUCCGUGGGGACUGAAAAUCCAAGGUACAUUGAGCGAGAUUUGGAAAUGAAGUAUGGAGAAGACUCCAAGGGAAAUCCACGCACUCGAGGAAUGCUUGUGCGACGAUUAACAGGUGACUCGACACCCUAUGAUUUCCCAGUCAAUCCAGUUCGCUUGGUAAAGGAAUGGCCUUCCGAGCCACCCUUUAAACCAGAAGAUUUCUUUCGGGCCGAUCAGAUUGAUGAUUCGUCCUUUUACACCGUGCCGAGGCUCAACUAUCAUAUUGAUGAACCCGCCGUGGCAUCCUUGACACAAUAUUACCGCAACAAUAUUCCAAAGAAAAGUGACCUUUUGGAUAUCUGUUCUUCUUGGGUCAGCCACUAUCCACUCGAGUUUCCAAAAACCAUGAACAAGAUUUGUGCCACGGGGAUGAAUGGACUUGAACUUGGAUUCAAUGAUCAGCUCACUGGCGGUUUCAAAGUCAAGGAUCUCAACGUGGACGCCACACUACCCUAUGACGACAAUUCGUUCGAUGUGGUUACCUGUGUUGUAUCGAUUGACUAUUUGAUUUAUCCCAUUCAAGUAGUCAAGGAGAUUCAUCGGGUACUACGACCCGGUGGAAAGGUGAUUGUGUCCCAAUCCAACCGUUGUUUCCCUUCCAAGGCAAUUGCAAUGUGGUUGAAAAUGAAUGACCGACAACAUCUCGAACUUAUCAAUGCAUACUUUCAAUAUGCUGGAGGUUUUGAACCACGCAAAGCAUUUGACAUUACGGCCAAUGAUCCGACCACAACCUACAACGAUCCAAUGUUUAUCGUCGAAGCAGUCAAGAGCAAAUAA